UCGUACGGCGUUGAGCUGUGUACCACAAGUGAAUGGCCUUUACUCUCCUCUGAUACUCACAGUAAAGUGUAGUGAUAAAUAAAAUAUCAAUAUGAAAUUAAUAUAUUUCACUUUUCUUGUACUCCCAGUUGCGUUACUAUGCUUCCAAAGUGCGAAAAUUUUCGCACAUGCCGAGGAAGACGAGCUCGAUGACGUUGUGGACAUCGAAGGGGAGGACAACCAGGUAGUUGGCGAUGACAUAGUUGAAGACGAUGACUCUGUUGUUAAAUCAUCACAAUAUGUUGACACUACGAUAUUGUUUACCAAGCCUGUGCCUAACUAUGGCGACAACGCUUUUGACCUACAAGCUGGUUACCCAGUGGAGUUCCUAGUGGGAUUCAUCAACAAAGGAGAUGAAGACUAUCUUGUUGAAUCCAUGGAGGCAUCUUUCCGCUACCCUAUGGACUAUACUUACUACAUCCAGAACUUCACUGCGCUGCCAUACAACAAAGAAGUUAAGCCGAAGCAGGAAGCCACUUUUGUCUACUCAUUUAUACCUAAUGAAGCCUUUGCCGGACGACCAUUUGGCUUGAAUAUCCAGUUGAACUACAGGGACGCUAGUGGAAACUACUACCAGGAAGCAGUGUACAACCAGACAAUAAAUAUUGUUGAAGUGUCUGAAGGACUGGAUGGAGAGACAUUCUUCCUAUACGUGUUCCUCGGUGCGGCCUGUGUUUUAGGCCUUGUGCUGGGCCAACAAGCAUUGUCAUCGCUCGCGCGCCGCCGUUCGCCGCGCUCACAAUCCAAACCGCUCGAGACCGGGACCGCCAAUGAUGUUGAUUAUGACUGGCUGCCUAAGGAAGUUGUUAACCAACUCAAAAAAUCGCCCAAAACACCCAAACAGUCGCCACGUAUGAGGAAGGCGAAGAGAUCUGCUGGCGAUGAUUAAUCGCAGAAACAGUCGCGUGAUAGCGCCGAGUGUUCAACUACGAGUACAAUAAGAAUACGUCACAGUACCAAGACGCAUCCAAAUAUGUCAUACACACAAGUACUACGUCCUUGAUCACCCAAGUUAGUAGUACAUUGUGGGUGUACAGACUAUGGAGAAAAAUCGUUACCUAUUUGCCAAUUUAAAUAAGAAAUACAAAAAUCAAAUAAAUGUACAAUAUAGGUUGUUUGAAAGUCACUGUCACAUUUAGCGCAUUAAAUUUAUAACUAAUGAAAUUAGUCUUCUAGGCGUAUUCUUAUUUGAUUCGUUGUGUGCAAAGACUGUGUGUAGCAUAAGUGUGUUGUGAGCUAAUAAA